AUGGUAUCAAUCGAUGCAUUACGAGCAGUUAUGGCUAUGAACGUAUUAAGGCAAAAUAAAAAAAAUAUCGCAUCAACCUUACCACCUACAAGUGAUGCAUUACUGUACCAUUCUUUACGAGUGAGUCGUCAAAUACAAAUUUGGCAGCAUGCAUUAGAUGCCCAUAUUAAAUAUCCGGAGUUAAUCCACAGUGGUUACGAAAUGGUCGACAACUGCUUAAAAAUAAAAUGGACAACAAAACCGCCUCUUGCCAUGGAUCGUUCGUUACAAACAUGUGGUACAUAA